AUAGUUGCAAUAUAAUUAUUGUGAAAAGUCGCUGAGAUAAACGACAAUUACUGUGACUGAUGAACAACAUAAAAUACUGGUAGAUAAGGCCGCGAGCAAUACCACGUGUGCGUAAAAGCCAUUCAUCGCUUUCCCAAACCUCUGUCGCCAACCAUGUCUUCCUCCACGUCAAAGAAGCACCAGGCGUUCUGCUCCGAGCCCAUGAAAGGAAAGCCAGUCACCGCGGUUCCCGGGAUUGGCAAGGUCACCGGCAGCCAGCUGAAGGCGCAGGGCUACUCCAAGGCCACCGACGUCCUGGGCAAGUACCUGACGGUGAACGAGAACCGCAACCAGUUCCAGGGGUGGAUGGAGAAUACCACCACCGCCAACGCCGGGCAUCAGGGAGCCGCCUACAAUGCCAUGCGGGAGUGGAGCGACAACAACCUGUAGGCCACGAUGAUUGAACUGUUCAGUUAUUGAAAGUUGCGCAGCCAUUGUUUAUUUUUGCUGUUGGCAUUGAUAAAAUGUUUUGUCUUUUGUAGGCUACUGUUCUUACUUGCCUAAUAGGAAUGGCAAAAUGUUGAAAUGACCUAGUGGUCCCAAUGGCCUAAUAGCCACUGCACUUGUGGAUGGUGUGUUGCUAUACACCAUUCCGGCACCCGAAAACAUUUCUUAAACUUGUUACGUGUGUCUGUAUUGCCUAAUGUCUUUUUUUGCUGGAGCUUUGUUACUAAGUCAAUAAAUGAUUCAACUUA